AUGGACCUCCACCGCCCCUUCAAGAUGGACAGCCCGUCCUACCUGCCCGCCCCCUUGGCCUCCCCCGCCCUCAUGGUCCUCGCCUCCACCGCCGAGGCGGGCCGAGAUGCCUCCGUCCCCUGCCAGGCGCCCCGGCCCUUCGGUGUCCCCGUGUCAGUGGAGAAGGACCUCCACCUCCCCUUCCCCUCCGCCUCCUACACCUUCACGUCGAUGUACCACCGCCAGGGCCCCGUGUCCGGCACCUUCCCGGCCUCCCUGCUCCACCUGCACCCGCAGUUCACCCCGCCCAACCUGGACUGCUCCUCGCUGGGCCUCCUCAACCACAGCGGAAUGGGGGCCUUCCGACCCUUCGCCUCCCCACACGAGGAGAGGGAGGCUGGCGGUUACCAGUCGGCCUUCACCCCCGCCAAGAGGCUGAAGGGCUGCUUCCAGGAGGCGGAGGGGAAGGAGUUUGAGUUCGGCUCCCCGGGAGGCACGCUCAAAGCCGUGGAGGAUUCUGGGAGAAAACUGUUCUCCAUGUCUGGACUCCUUUCUGACGGAGAGACCUCCUCCAGCCCCGAGGAGCGCAAGGAGCGCAGUAAGCUGAAGGGCCUGUAUGACUCGCAGGCCCCCGUGUGUCCGGUGUGUCAGUGUGUGCUGCGGCCAGGAGAGCUGCAGGAUCACAUGGAGCAGGAACUGGCCAAACUGGCCCAACUGCACAUCAGUGCCACGCCGGUGCAGCGGGACCACCUCAUAGGGACCCCCAAGUCGCUCUCUCUCUCGCUACACAUAAAACGUGAAGGGGGUUCUCCCAGCUCCCCACCCCACCCCGCCGAGGAUGUCCAGUCAGACAGAUACCAGACCUUUCUCCGCGUGAGGGCCAACAGACAUACGAGACUGAAUGUCGAUGACCUCUGCUGGUGCAGGUGCUACGUCAAAUCUGCCCCAUUACGCCCCCACAGCGCAGGAGCCCAUCUAGACUGCCUCCAAGCUGCCAGGAUUGGCAAGCUGAAGAGGAGGAAGCCGGGGGAGGGCCAGGAGGGCUCUGUGGACCUGGUGUCAUUGGAUGAGUGGAAUGAGAGACGAAGGAUACAGAUGACAUCUCUACUUGGGGGGUUUAAAGGGGCGGUGUUGGUGAGCACCACGUCUAAGGAGGGCCGGGACAGCGAUGCAGACCUGGACGUGGAUGGAGACGAUACUCUGGAAUACGGGCGAGCCCAAUACACAGAGACGGAUGUGAUCCCGUGUUCAGCAGAGAGCUCCAGACAGACAGCAGUGAACAGCAGCACGUUGCCUGACUCCAGAGUCGACCUCAAUCACUCAAAAUGGCCGAAUGAAGGAAGUCCAUCAACCAGCAGUGCCGACGGUAGCAAAGCGGACAGCAGGAUAGCCGGUGUGCCCCAGACUUGUAAAAACACGGAGAUAGAGAUGGUCUCGGAGGACUCUUCCCUGACAACUCUAGAUGUGCUUAAAGUGCGGAUACGGGAUUUAGAGAAACAGCUGUCCAAAGGAGACAGAUUUAAAUGCCUCAUCUGCAUGGACACAUACACAACCCCCCUCACCUCCAUCCAGUGCUGGCAUGUCCACUGCGAGGAGUGUUGGCUUCGAACGCUGGGAGCCAAGAAGUUGUGUCCGCAGUGCAACACCAUCACCUCACCCGGAGACCUGAGGCGGGUCUAUCUGUGA